CAACUGAUCGGGAGAUUGUUAAAGAAACAACAUUCAUCUAUGCUUUUUUUUCAUUCCGUGUGCUAAAAGCAAGAUGAUGCAAAAUGUACUAAAUUCGUUCUCAAGACUGUGUGUUACUAACAGUCGUUUCACAUUAACUCAAAAUGUCUCGGUCAAGCUUCCAACUACUACUCUUAUCCAACUACAACCUCAGCACCAGCAAAUAAGAUUUAUAAAUAAACAUGGGUAUCUAACAGAACCUGGAUGGAAAGCUUUUGGUUACAGAUGGAUGGUAAAAUUCCCUGAGAAAUAUACUGUGAAAAAACUGCCUCUUCUGAAGCUAGCUGGAAGGGAUCCUACCACAGGUAAACGGGUUGUUGGUGGGCUUGGAGGUGGACACAAAAAAAAAUAUAGGUGGGUAGACAAGUGCCGUCAUGGACCAAAGGAAGGGCCUCCGCUGGUGGAAAAAAUCUUGGCAAUACAGUAUGAUCCCUGUCAAAGUGCGAAAUUAGCAUUGGUAGCUGGUGGAGAUAAAGUUAGGUACAUUACAGCAACCUCAACUAUGAAAGCUGGGGAUUUAAUAUCAACUUCUGGUCAUAUUCCCAGAAUUGCAAUUCGACCAAAAGAAGGAGAUGCUCAUCCUUUGGGGGCACUACCAUUGGGAACUGAAGUCUGUUGCAUCGAAAAGUACGUUGGAGAGGGAGGCACAAUUGCAGUGUCUGCUGGUUCUCGUGCUAUACUCGUCCGCAAAGUUGGUGAUCGAUGCAUAAUCCAACUCCCUUCAAAACAAGAAAUGUCCCUCAAACAAGAGUGCAUGGCCACUGUUGGACACGUUGGUAACGAGGAUCACAACACAAAACACAUCGGAAGUGCCCAACGCCUUAGGUGGCUCGGAUUCCGGCCGCGUUCUGGCCUUUGGCACAGGAAGGAUGGAAGAUAUGGAAGGAAAAUACGCCCUCUUCCUCCUCUCAAAACUGUGGAUAAUCGGAAAAUAGACAAAAUUACAGAAUUGCCACUGACUGUCAAAGCGAUCUGCUAAGGUGUGCCGAAAGUAAUAAGUAUUGCCCUUUAGCCAAUACAUAAUAGAAAAUUCUUAUGUA